AUGUUCAAAUUCAGAGCUCCUUUUAGAUGGCCUUUCAACUGUGGAUUCACGUCUUGCGGAAUCAGACACGAUAUCACUAUCAGCGAGGUCUCCUGCGGUGUGAGGACCCCUGAGUACGACAGCAGUGGCGAAUACACGUGCUGGAUCGUGUACGACCACAGGUCAGGGUACGACGAGCUCAUCUGGGUGAUGACUCUGUUGCUGAUCUUGCUGUAUAUGGUUUUCCAGAACUGCAUGCCGCGGGCCUGUUCCGACUCGAACGCAGCAAACGAGCUGGUGGGCGGUCUGUUGGGUUCCUGCGAAGCCCUCAAUGCUUUCGGGGUGGUUUCUUUCAGAAUCAUCAGAGAGUUGAUUGCCUUGGGGAGUCCACUCAACGCAGAUGUUUUCAAGAUGCUUUCUCUGAACUUUUCCGAGAGUCUGAAACUAGGAUCCAGUUCGUACGGACACCAGUUGUUAUCGCCAGACACGCAGUCUAUGGAGGUCUUGACCUUAUCGAACGAUCGUCAAAACCUUGCCCGUGUCGACGUACUUGGUAACGUUCUCAACAACAAACUCCUCCAUGGCCUUCAUGGUCUCGACGGUGUGGGUGCCCAUGUGUGGCAGCGAAACCACAUUUGGCUGCUCCACAAGCUCCAUGUUGACGUUUGGCUCGUUUUCAAACACAUCUGCACCAAAAGAGCCAACCUUGCCGCUUUUCAGGGCCGGAAGCAAGGCGCUCUCGUCGACAAUGGCUCCUCUGGCCGUGUUGACGAUAACCACCCCGUCCUUCAUCUUAGAAAUGGCGUCCUUGUUGAUCGAGUGCUUGGUGGCACUGUUGAGUGGGAUGUUAAUCGAAAUGACGUCCGACUGUUUCAGCAGCUCGUCAAACGUAACGUACUCAGCACCGCCUUCCAGCUCAGCAGCAAGUCUGUUUCUGUUGUGAUAGAUGAUCUUCUUGAACCCAAACGGUUUGGCUCUGUCUCUCACAGCACGGCCAAUUCCGCCCAUUCCGUAGAUACCAAGCACCUUUCCUUCGGGAUCGUGGCCAAUUGGCGUGCCUGCACACUUGCUGGUUGGCCAUUUACCUUUCAACAGGUUCAGGGUGGAGAGUUGGAAGUUUCUCAAUGCUCCCAGCAACAGGUAGAUAUGCGAGUCGGCUGUUGCUGCGUCCACAAGCGACGGAACAUUGGAAACCUGGAUUCCCAAUUCGCCGCACUCAACAGCGUCCACCUGGUCGUAUCCCGCACCGUUGUGAGAAAUUGCUUUCAGCUGAGUGGUCUCCUUCAACAAACUCAACAGCUCCUUGUCGACCAGACCAGUCUGCUUGACACUCUCAAACGUUCUGGCAAUGAUGUCAACGUCCUUGAACUUGCCGGACUUCAACUCCUUCACAAAUUCGUCUCUAGAAGAAGCUGA